CAGUAAAGAGUGAAGUGAGCCAGUGCUCAGUGGAAGUCAGGUCAUGUCUGAACUGCUGAAUGUCCGCCUGCUGCUGUGGGGAUGUGCCUGCCUCUGGCUGUGCAGCCUGGCUUCAGGGGCUCUGGUCAUCUCCGGGGACAAAGAGCCUCUGCAGGAAAAGAGGCAAGCUGCCAAAAUACUUCAAAAAAGAAGCACAGCUGAACAACUGGUGGAGCUGCAUAGCGUGACAGUAGAGUGCGUGGUGUCGUCUCGCUUCGCCCACACUGUCAUGACCUCAAAGGCUUUGAACAAAGCCAACUCUUCCCAGGAAAUAUUUUUCGAGGUGGAGCUGCCAAAGACUGCAUUUAUCACAAACUUCAGCAUGGAAAUUGAAGGUCAAGUUUAUGUUGGAGAGGUGAAGGAGAAAGAAAAGGCAAAGAAGCAGUAUGAGAAAGCUGUCUCUUCUGGACAGACAGCUGGAUUGGUCAAGGCUUCUGGAAGAAAGAUGGAGAAGUUUUCUGUGUCUGUCAAUAUUGCAGCGGAAAGUAACGUGACUUUCAUCUUGACUUACGAGGAGCUUCUUCAGAGAAACCUGGGCCAGUACGAGAUACUGACUCGAGUUAAACCCAAAUCACUGGUUCAGAAGUUUCAGAUUGUGACAAACAUAUAUGAGCCCCAGGGCCUGGCUUACGUUGAUGCCCAGGCGACCUUCCUCUCCAAUGAUCUACUCCCUCUAGUGGAGAAAACUGUCACAGACAAGAAGGCACGCAUCUCUUUCUCGCCAACUAUGGACCAGCAGAGGAAAUGUCCCAGCUGUGAUGGAACACUCAUUGAUGGAGAUUUUAUUGUAAAAUAUGACGUAAAACGAGAUAACAACCUUGGGGACAUUCAGAUUGUGAAUGGAUAUUUCGUACACUUCUUCUCCCCUCCUGACCUGCAAAGAGUCCCCAAGAAUGUGGUGUUUGUGAUUGACAGGAGUGGAUCGAUGAUGGGUAGAAAAAUGGCUCAGACACGGGAGGCAUUGUUGGCCAUCUUAAAUGACAUCCAUGAAGAGGAUCACUUUGGAAUAGUCCUGUUUGACUCCAGCGUUGAUGUUUGGAAAAAUACUCUUACCAAAGCAACUAAGGAAAAUGUGGCAGAAGCCAAGGCUUUUGUAAAAAAAAUCACUGAAUUAGGAACUACUGACCUCCAUGGCGGACUGAUGAGGGGCAUAAAUAUGUUGAUCCAAGACAGACAGGCAAAGAGGCUCCCAGAAAGAAGUACUGAUAUGAUCAUCUUACUGACAGAUGGAUCACCAAAUUCUGGAGUAUCUCACAUCCCAACAAUCCAAGAAAAUGUGCAUUCUGCUAUUGGAGGGAAUAUAUCCCUGUACUGCCUUGGAUUUGGAAAUGAUGUAGAAUAUUCAUUCUUGGAUGUGUUGAGCAAACAAAACCAAGGAGUAGCUCGCAGAAUCUUUGAAGCUUCAGAUGCUUCACUUCAGCUUCAGGGUUUUUAUGAGGAAGUGUCCAGUCCUCUGCUGCUGGAAGUUGACUUGCGGUAUCCUGACAACGCAGUGGACUUUGUGACCACCAGCCACUUCAGACAGUUGUUCAAUGGCUCAGAAAUUGUGGUUGCCGGUCGGCUGUCGGACAACAACAUCAACAAUUUCUUGGUGGAGGUGUUUGGCCAGGGGGUGGAAGAGAAUUUUCAGGUGGAGGGUCAGGCCAGCACGUUGGACUGGAAUGUGUUAUAUCCUGAUGAAGAGUACGUCUUUGGAGAUUUCACUGAGCGUCUGUGGGCCUACCUCACCAUCCAGCAGUUACUGGAGAAGAGCACAAGUGCUGGGCCAGAUGAGAAGGCCAACGCCACAGCAAAGGCCUUAGACAUGUCUCUGCAGUACAGCUUUGUCACUCCUCUCACCUCCAUGGUGGUCACCAAGCCUGAGGUUGAGGAUGGAACAUCCAGCCCUCUCAUUGCUGACAAACUCACUGAACAGCAAAGACAACAAGCUGAAAGAAUGUCACACCAAUAUCAAAGUCCUGGAGUCUCUUACGCAUAUGGAGCACCUGUAUAUCUUGUGGAUGGAGAUCCUCAUUUUGUGUUAGAGCUCCCUGAUAAAAACGACUCUCUGUGCUUCAAUAUCAAUGAUGCUCCGGGAACUAUUUUCAAUGUAAUCAGAGACCCUGAAUUAGGCAUUUUAGUCAAUGGGGAAGUCAUUGGAGACAAGCAAAUUCCCCCCGAUGGGAAAGUGAAUACUUAUUUUUGGCGCUUUGGCAUCAUCCACAAAGCGUUGAGGGUCCGGCUGGAGGUGAGCACUGAAGAAAUUUUGGUAUUUCAGGAUGAGAAACUUGUGAAACUUUUGUGGUCUGACACAGCCUCUCUUGAAGGACCCAGUUUGAACCUUGAGGUGACCAAGGAUCGCAGCUUAACAGUUACUCUGAAGGACUCGGUUAAGUUUGUGAUCUUGCUUCACAAAGUGUGGAAGAAUCACCCGUACCACCGGGACUACCUGGGUUUCUACACCCUCGACAGCCACCUCUUGUCUCCUGCUGUUCAUGGCUUGCUGGGUCAAUUUUAUCAUGGCAUCCAGUAUGAGGUGACAGACCUGUGUCCAGGAGAGACCCCAGAAAAACCAGAUGCAACAAUGUAUGUGAAAGGACAGAAGCUCAGAGUAACCAGAGGCUGGCAAAGAGACUUCAGGCAUAAUUUGAAGACUGGAGAAAACGUUCCCUGCUGGUUCAUCCACAACAAUGGAACAGGCCUCAUUGAUGGAGACAUGAAGGACUACAUUGUUUCUGGCCUUUUUAAAAAUCAAUAAAAAAGAUUCUUUGCUCAUUUUAAUUAUUGAAGUUGACGAAAUGCAAAAAAUAUAAGCCAAAAUAAGCUUGUGAUCAAAAAAAGUUUCCAUUCCCUUUGUUUUCCUGUAAUUUCAAAAAAUGUAAAACAUCAUAUAUCAAAAUAAAAUAGUUUAUCACAUGA